AAAAUCUGCAACAUGACGGUGAGGUUAAAAACAAGUAGUAACGUACAAUGAAUUGAAUAAUAUCAAAAAACGACCGAACUAGUAAAUUCUCUGGUCUCCAUCUUCUCUCUUUGGUUCACACGCAAACACUCAUAUAUAUACACAUAAGCACACUGUCACUAAUGCUUCUCUCUCUGUCUCUCCCCUCUUUUUUUCUAUAUAUUGACAAGCUUGUGAUCUCUCUUCGCAAAGAGAAAUAAUGGCUCCACUCAAGUACUUGUGUUUUAGAAAGGUACUCUUGUUGCUCCUCCUCUUUUCUUGCUCUUCUUUCUUUGCUACUUUUGCCUCAUCAGAAACUUCUGUUGAUGAUGAGCUACAACAAACACAACCCUUAGAUCUACAUUUUCGAGUGAGAAGACUGUUGGUAAAAGAUCUAGACAUUAGCGAUGAUGUUGAGGAAACCAAUCCUCCUCCUCGCAAGAAGAAGAAGCUUACAGAUUCUGUUACAUCACCAUCAUCAACAUCCGGUACAAAAAAGAACCAACCCAAGGUCAUUAAACCGAUCUCUUCAUCGACCAAGAACCAAACUAAACUCGCCAAGACUACCUCUUCCAAACUCAACUCAACCAAAUCAUCUUCCAACACGACCAAGGCCGGAUCAGACCUCAAGAAGCUCAAACCCUCAAACUCUACUUCCUCGACCAAGGCCGGAUCAGACCUCAAGAAGCUCAAAUCCUCAAAUUCUACUUCUUCGACCAAGAAACAAGCAGAUCUGUCCAAAUCAACCUCGUCAAAAAACAAAACCACCACAAAACCACAAACCUCCAAACUAUCUCCACCUCCAGAGAAAAAGAAAGCACCACCAUCCACAAAACCAGCCACCAAGCCCAAACCAGCAGAGAAAGCAAUCAAACCCUUCUGGCUAGACGACGAAGAAGACGAAGACUUCGUCAGCGAGUUCAGAGACCUCCCAACCAGGUUCCAAAGAUCACUCAUCCCAGACCUAGAGAGAAUCUCAACCACAUCGAAAAGCUACAUCAACAAAGCCAACAAAGAGAUCACCAAGAACUUCAAACCUUACUUCGGCAACAAGUACUCACCAACCAUCGCCUCCGUAGUCUCCUUCGUCUUCAUCCUCGUCCCUCUCCUCCUAGUCUCCCUCGUCUUCAACCGCUUCAAAGCCUACUUCUCCCUCCAGAAACUCCUCAUCUUCAUCCAAAUCUACCUCUCCAUCUACUUCUCCAUCCUCUGCCUCUCCUCGCUCGUCACCGGCGUCGAGCCUCUCAAGUUCCUCUACGCCACGUCGAGCUCCACCUACGUAUGCUUGCAGAUCAUGCAGACCUUGGGCUACGUCUUCUACCUCUUGCUUCUCCUCAUGUACCUCGUCCUCGUCUUCUCGACUGAUUGUGGUUUGGGCCUUAGAGUAUUGGGCCUGGCUCAGACGUUCGUGGGCUUUGCGGUGGGUCUGCAUUAUUACGUGGCGGUGUUUCAUAGGGUGGUGCUUCGUCAGCCUCCGAAGACUAACUGGAAGGUGCACGGUGUUUACGCCACGUGUUUUCUUCUGAUUUGUUUGUUGUCUAGUGCGGAGAGGAGGAAGAAAGAGUACUUGGAAGAUGGCGGUGAGGAAGGCAAGAAAAAUUGAAAUUUUGCAUUUCAUUAUAUCUUCUUUUUUCCCUUUGUUUCUUUAUUUUUCUUCUUUGUAUUUUUAUUUUUAAUUUUCGAUAAUUUCGGCAAAAUUUCGCUGAAAUGCAAUAGAAUAACAGAUUACUAGUGGAGGUUGGAGUAAUUGUAUUUAUAAAUCAAUCUAUAAAUGUGGAAUAAAAUUUCAUACUCGUAAAA